GGCAGGCCGGCCGGGCGGGGUCGGGAGGCGAGUCCGCAGCCCUCGCCGCGCCGGAGCCCAGCGAGUUCGCCGAGGCCCCGCCCCGGCCGCCGGUGGUGGCGCCCCGAGCUCCGAGCCGCCGCGCCGCAGACACAGCCGGAAACCGGCCCCGCCGCAGCCCGAGCGCCCGCCCGGUGCCACCUGACCCCGAACCGGAGCCGCGCGAGCCGGAGCCCGAGCCCGAGCCCCGCCGGAGCCCGGCCCGCCAUGGCGGGGCCGCGGGGCGCGCUCCUGGCCUGGUGCCGCCGCCAGUGCGAGGGCUACCGCGGCGUGGACAUCCGCGACCUGAGCAGCUCCUUCCGGGACGGCCUGGCUUUCUGCGCCAUCCUACACCGGCACCGGCCCGACCUGCUUGACUUCCAAUCCCUCUCCAAGGAAAAUGUCUUCGAGAAUAACCGUUUGGCCUUUGAAGUGGCUGAAAAGGAACUGGGGAUCCCUGCUCUCCUGGACCCCAAUGACAUGGUGUCCAUGACUGUCCCUGACUGUCUCAGCAUCAUGACUUAUGUGUCCCAGUACUACAACCACUUCACCAGUUCUGGCCAAGCUGCUGUCUCACCAUCCACUCCAGGAAAGGACCCAGCGUCCCCCUCCCCUACAUCCACAUCACCUGCUGUGCAGCCAGGAGAGGAGGCCCAGGGCGAUGAGCUCUCCGCAGGCAGCCUGUCCGAGCAGGGCAAACAGCAGCCCCCCAGCAGCGCAUGCGCAGCCUGUGGGCAGCGGGUGCACCUCGUGCAGCGGUUCUUGGCAGAGGGCAGGCUCUACCACCGGCACUGCUUCCGAUGCCGGCAGUGUUCCAGCACGCUGCUCCCGGGCUCUUACAGUAACGGGCCCGAGGAAGGCACCUUUGUGUGUGCGGAACGCUGCACCAGGCGGGGCGCAGGCACUCGGCCCCUCUCACAGCGAAAGCAGCAGCAGGUGACAGAAAAAGCCGAGGACGGAGAAGAGCAUGACCUGAGUGUGGCCGAGGUGGUGGCAGAGGCGGAUGGGCUCCAGGCCAGCUCCGAGGUACAGCCCCACACCCUGGCCAAGCCGCCUCUUCCCAGCAAGCCCCAGGCCAGUCCCCCUGUUGGCCGACCCACACCUGCCCCCCGGAAGGUUCCUGAGAGCUCAGCCUUGACACCCCCGACACCGCGGCCUCGGUCCAGCCUGCAGCAGGACGGCUUGGUGGAGCAGAGUGUCAGCGGCGGCCUUGUGAACGGAAGACUACAGGAAGCCCCUGUUCCCAAGCCAAGAGGGACACCCAAGCUGUCUGAGAGGAUGCCAGCAUCAAGGAAGGACCCCCCAUGGAUCACGCUGGUGCAGACAGAGCCAAAGAAGAAGCCAGCCCCACUGCCCCCCAGCAGCAGUCCUGGGCCACUGAGUCAGGCCGCCAGGCAGGUAGAGAACGGAGGCCUAGAGGAGAGGACCCAGAAGAGCCCAGUAGCUGGGCCAGAGGCCAAGCCCUACAAUCCUUUCGAGGAGGAAGAGGAGGAAGAGGAGUCAGUCCCGGCAGUACCAGGCCCUGCCCUGGCCCCACCAGAGUCCACACCCAAGUCCCUGCACCCCUGGUACGGCAUUACCCCCACCAGCAGCCCCAAGACAAAGAAGCGCCCCGCCCCAAGGGCACCCAAUGCUUCUCCGCUUGCUCUCCACGCCUCCCGCCUGUCCCACUCAGAGCCUUCUUCCGCCACGCCAUCACCAGCCCUAAGUGUGGAGAGUCUGGCAUCCGAGAGCUCCAGCCGCACGGCCAGCGUGCAGCCCCUGGAGCCACCCGCUGUUCCCAAGAGCUCCUCAGACCCUGCUGUACAUGCGCCUGGUACCCCUGGCACGUCUGGGAACUCCGUCACCCCCUCAGCCAACUCUUCCCCAGCGUCGUCUGGGGAUCUGGGACAGCCUAAUAGUGAACAAGUGCCACAGGCCAGGACCAGGGGCAGCCCAGGGUCCCAGGCCACCAAGCCCUUCAGCGGUGCUGCUCCUACCCCGUUCUUGAUGGCUGCAGACCGGAGUCCUGCGCCUUCCGUGGGGAGCUCAUCCCCGCAGCUGCAGACCAAGUCUUCCUGUAAGGAGAAUCCUUUCAACCGGAAGCCAUCUCCCUCGGCAUCACCAACCGUCAGGAAGGCCACCAAAGGAGCCAAGCCUGUGAGGCCACCUGCCCCUGGACACGGCUUUCCACUCAUCAAACGCAAGGUCCAGGCUGACCAGUACAUUCCUGAGGAAGACAUCUACGGCGAGAUGGACACUAUUGAGCGCCAGCUGGAUGCCCUGGAACACCGUGGGGUUCUGUUGGAGGAGAAGCUGCGAGGUGGAUCAAAUGAGGGCAGCGAGGACGACAUGCUGGUGGACUGGUUCAAGCUCAUCCAUGAGAAGCAUCUGCUAGUGCGGCGAGAGUCGGAGCUCAUCUAUGUCUUCAAGCAGCAGAACCUGGAGAAGCGCCAGGCUGACGUGGAGUACGAGCUCCGGUGUCUUCUCAACAAGCCGGAAAAGGACUGGACAGAGGAGGAUCGGGCCAGAGAGAAGGUGCUGAUGCAAGAACUUAUGACCCUCAUCGAGCAGCGCGAUGCCAUUGUCAACUGCCUGGACGAGGACCGGCAGAGGGAAGAAGAGGAAGACAAGAUGUUGGAAGCUAUGAUCAGGAAGAAAGACUUCCAAAGAGAGGCUGAGUCUGAGGGUAAGAAGAAGGGCAAGUUCAAGACCAUGAAGGUGCUGAAGCUGCUGGGAAACAAGCGUGAAACCAAGAGCAAGGCUUCUGGGGACAAGAGCUGACAGCAGAGGAAGCCGACUUCCUUUCCUCUCCUGGAACCUUGAGGCCAGAGCAGCACUCUGCUGCCCUCGGACCUGACAAGGGGGACGAUGACCGUGGGAGGGAGUCUCUGGGUGAGCUUUGCCCCUUGGUGGUCUCCAGCUGGUCUGGGUUAAAGUUUUUUUCCCUCUUCCCUGUGUCCCAGACAGCUGUGACUUAGCCCUGCCCACUUGGAUUCCGAUCCAGAUGCUGUGAUGUGCCCAGGGGCAAGCAGGGAUGCAGAGGCAGUGGCUCUCCUUGUUCCUCUGAACCAGGCCAGAUGGGGCCUUCGCUGUCAGGCCUGCCCACAGCAGGCCCUGGCCUAAGGCUUGUGCAUCUUGCCACAGCUCAGCAGCAAGACUGCUGCCUAGUUUCUUCCUUGCCAGCCCUGACCCCUAGUCCCUGCCUUCCUAGCACAGGUGCCCUUGAAACUCAUGUCCCCUCACUCAGGAGUUCUGUUUUUGACGUCUCAAGUCUGGCCCCUCACUGAGUGCUAUGUGUGGCAGAAGGGGAUGGUCUGACAGCAAGUCCUGCUUCCUCAGCCUCCCAGGUUGUAGGAAUCUCUUAUCUCAUCUCCCUUGCUCUGUGGGAAGCUCACGCUGGGACCUGGUGGCUGUGCUGGGGUCAGAUCAUCUUCAGAGGGUGUGCUUUGGGUAGGCGUUGUGCUCUGACCUCUGAUUCAGGCUUUCUGCCCACCCCAUGCCUGGGGGAUGGAUCCAUUCCUUUUUGUGGUCUGUGCAGUCUGUGUUUUCUGUUGUCUGUUUCCUCCAGGGACUGCUAGCACUCACCACUGAGUGGCUGUGCUAGAAGAGUGAUGGGAUACCCUUUUUCCCUGGGGGAUGUGCCAGGCAGCUUAUGGUCUAAGCACUGUUCUUGCUCUUGGGGACGUCAGCGCCCUUCCCUCUGUGCAUCCUGGGAAGGAACACACUUCUGCAGCCUUGGGCACAGCCACCUCUCUGCCCUCUUGCUGUCUGGGCUGCCCAGUCACUUGGGAUCUUGACCACUGCCCACCAUUGGGCAGGAUUCCCUUCCUGUUUGGGGGAUGGUGCUUGCUAAAUCCCAUGUAGGCCCUACGAGUCUCUCCAAAUGCACUGGAGCCAGGGCCACCACCUCAGAGGUCUUUCAGAGGGGCCUUGUGACCCAGCUGUAACCCAAGAGAGGGCUCCAUCAGGCUGUCUCAGGGUCAAGGGAAGGUCCAUGGCUCAAUGGAACAGAUGUGUCAGAGUCACCUGUGUCCUGUGAACGCGGGCCAAGGGUUGCCAGAUCUUGCCCAUUUUUUCAGAAGAAACCCAGAAUCCAGUUCUCAUACAGGCAUAAUUUGUAAAUGCUGACAUCAAAUUUGAGUUUGUUGCAGUGGGCUACCCUUGUCCUAGGUUUUCCAUUGUGCUAGGCCUGUGAGGUGGAGGGCAUGUUCCUACUGACUGGACCCUUAUCUACUGGCUGCUUCAUAGUAGACACGUUUAUUUUGUGACAAGAACACAGGUCAUAUGUUCUAUUGGCAUUAUGGAACUUACAGGAGGGGCAGGAAAUAUCUUCAUUUGUGGGGACAGGGAAAGGACACAGUACUGGUGAAGGUCAGGCUGGUCAUUGUCAGCAGCAUGGAGGAAGGACACUGAGGUGCCGUCAGUCAGCUGGGGAGCAGGGUUGCUUUCCUUCACCUCCAGGCUGGAGCCUCAGAGGCACUGGAAUGGAACUGUGGCACUUGCCAGGCCCCUUUCAGUGUGGAUCUCUCCAUUUAUAUUUCUUCCCGUAGUCUCUGUUUGGAGAGAGCCAGGAAGGUGACCUUUUGCCCUGAGUGGGCUAAGCCACAGUAGGAGGAUAAGCUUGAGUUUUCACGUCACUGUCCUGAAGGUUAGCACGUGCCACAGGCUGCUCAGGGACCUUGUUUCCCCUUUCCUCUGGAAAUAUGCAAACAGUAGGCAGAACCCAUCUGUGCCGAACAGGUUUUUGUUCUGAACAAGCAAGCAUUAGCCCUGGGGAAACAAGGUGGCACAAGUCAUGACUGAGUUAAAUGUGUUUAUUGGCUAGUUAAUCACUGUGUUUAAACAUUUGCCCAAGGCUACAAAAGAAGGCAAAGACAUAGAUCCUAAGAUAUAGGAAGAAAAGAAUCAUGUUCACUCUUAGGUUCAGAAAGGCAAAGAUGAGAGCACCUGGAGGCCGGCUAUGGUGGGAGGAGAGACAGCGAGAGAAACCCUCAGGUGCAUAUUCAAGGUGGUGGGCCUGGGGCUUUCUUCUAGAGAAGGCUUCAACACUGUGGCUGGGAGGUAGCUGGGAGGCACCACUGAGGCCUCCGCAUCCCUGGGCAGUGUCUAGGGACACUGUGUUGUGUCCCAGGGCAGUGCCAUGUCAUGGUCUGGCAUGGCCCCUGUGGGUGGGCAGGACUGGGGAUGACACUGCUUGGCAGAGUGAAGGGCUCUGGUGGUUAGGCUGGGUGGUCAGUCAUGCUGGGCAGGCCAGCCCUUGCCUUGGGUUAAGUGGUGGUGGUGGUCGAGAGGGCCUUCCUAAGCUCCUCACUCCUCUUGCGGUCAAUGUCUUCCAUUUCCCGUCGUUUCUGCAAAGAGCCACCAGGAAGAGCCACUGUCAUGGCAGGAUACCGUGCUGGGAGCUUGACGCCUGAGAUCAAAACUGUCCUAGUGCUGGUGGGGGCCCCUCCCACUUCACUACUCUUUUCCACUUGGGCCGGCUCCUACCUGGGAGAUUUCAGCCAGGACAAUUCCUCGGUAUUGCUUGCCCCUUCCCAGAGACUCCAUGGCAGUCAAGAAUUCUUUUCUGUCCUGGAUUUCCUUCACCACUGCACAGAGGGGAAGGAUCGUCAGUGCACAGGGCAGUGGGAGCAUACAGGAGCCCAGGCAGUGCAUGGUGUCUGAGAGAGAACAGUGGGGGAGGGGUUUGUAUCAAGUCAUCCUGCUCUCUUGUUAGGCCCCCCCCCAGGCUCACAUUCUUCAAACUGGUCCAGCUGCUAUCAGUUCUACACACACAAACACACACGCACACUCACACACACACCACUGGCUCACAUUCUUCAAACCGGUCCAUCUCAGAAGCUGGGGCCUCUGGCUGUACCACUUUGGGAGCCUUUUUCCGUUCCUCUUUGUCCUUCCCAGUGGCAAAGAUAUUUUGGAGUCUUCGUUUCUCCUUCUCCAGAUCUCCUGUGGGGCCCCAGAAACGGCCUUGCUAAGGUGCAGAGCAGGCUGUGCACACUGCAGGGGUCUGAGCUGUGAGGAGGGGGCCUGUGCAGACCCAGCACUUGCUCCAGCUGGACCUGAGCAGAACUCGUCAGGCUAGCAGUUGAAAGAACCAGGGAAGAGCACCAGUGCAGAGCUAAUAGCGAACCUCUGUGGUGGCCUGUGUGUAGGGAACUGUGGGGGUGCAAGGGUUAGAGGCCAGGAGGAGGGCCUCCCAGAUGUGGGCUCAAGUGCAGAGGAGAUGGACUCGAGGGAGCAGGAGGAUGAGCAGCUGACAGCCACAUGUCCCUCUGGGGUUGGGAAAACUGAAUUAAUAUGAAAAAGGUUUGUAGAGGGCUUCCUGAUGGCUUUCCUCUGCAACCUGCCUGGCUUGUUACCGGCUUACUUGAAUGCUGCUGUCUGUCCCAGGUGGCUAUGACAGCAGAGCCCCAAGCCCGCUACUUACUGGUAGCCUGAGGCUUGAACUGCUCACGGGUGUAUGCCCCAUUGGCUUGACACAUGCUGGCAGGCCGGAGGUGAGAGUGGGUAGCCAGGAUGGGAGGCAGGUAGAUAGUUGCGGCCGGCUUCCUGGAAGGAGAGCCACUCUGGCUGGAUGUCGGGUUGCACUGCAGGGGCAGAGGGCUUCCUCCUGGGAACAGGAAGGGUCAAGGGGACCGCUGGCUGUCUUUUCAAGAAAGGGUGGCUGCCAGUUAGAAGUCAAGCAGUGAGGACAGUCUGCGUGCCCACCCCCUCAGCCUGCUCCUUUGCAAGCUACGGUAACAAGGAGGUGGCCCUCCUUGUUCUUGAUGCUUUGAAAACACAUCCAAGGAUGUUUCUUUGGUAUGUACACAUACGGUUCUUAAACACUGGAUCAUAUCAUAUGGUCAGUAACAGACCCUUCCCACUCACCGAUUUAUCAUGGCCAACUUUCAUGGAGACACAUUUGUAUGUAACUUAUUUUUUAUAGCUGUGCACUAGUUGUUAGAAUGGUUACAUUAUUUAUUCAGCUAGUCUAGUUCUGGACAUUCAGGUUGUCUCUGGGCUUCUUGUUUUUUGGUUUUUUGUUGUUGGUUGGAUUUUUACUACUUUCGACAAUGCUGCAAUAAACACUUAUACACUGAG